AUGCGGGGGCCGAAGCCAGGACCAGAGGGCGGCGUGCGCGUUCCCCCGGCGCUCCCGGCGGCGCUGCGCAAACACCAGCGCUUUUUGAUUACAGAGCUGCGCAAGGUUUCAACAGAAACGCAUACGCUGCACCGCCUAUGGUACAAGAACCAGGCACAACUGCGGCACAUGACCUGGUGGCGACGCGUCCGGCCCGUGCGCCAGCUCGGCUGCCGCAUCGCGACAGGGCCGCUGCGCGGGAGUGUGCCGCGCGCAGGAAGCAUGGGCUCGUCGCGUGGUGACGCGACCGAGUCGGCGUACGUCGCGCUGGACGACGACGUGCAGGUGCUCGGCACUGAGCUGCUCCUUGCCCUCGCGCAGGCGUACACGUCGCUGUGGGGCGAAGAGGCCAGUACAUGGGAGAGCCUGCCGCGCUUUAGCACGCCGCCGACGCAUGCGGUAAAAAAGGGGCCGUUUGUGCGUGCGCUGCGCAGGGCGCGUGCGCUAAAAGAGGCAGUCGAGGAGCUCGAGCGGCGAUGCCGUGCGUGCUUCGUCGCGAUCGAGGAGCAUCUGAAUACCCCACCCGCCCCGAUGCACGCUGCGAUCUCCAUGACACUAAUGAGCAUCUGCGCGCACCUCGCAGCUGUCGCCCAUGCGAUGCUGCAGGGCGACGGAAACGAAUCGCUCGCUCGGCUCUGCAGCCUGCUUGCUAGUCCAAACAAGGUAGAACGGUAG